CUCUGGCGGCGCCUCGGCAGCCCGCGGUCGGCCCUCGCGCCGCUCGUCGACCAGUCGGAGCUCGCCUACCGCCUGCUCUGCCGCUCCUACGGCGCCGGCAUCUGCUGGACGCCCAUGAUGGACGCGACGAGGUUCGUCGCCGACGCGGCCUACCGGCGCGCCGUCUUCGAGGCCGGCGCCGGCGCGCCGGCGGACCGGCCGCUGGUGGCGCAGUUCGCCGGCGACGACCCGGCGGCGAUCCUCGCGGCCGCGCGGCUCGUGGAACACCGCGUCGACGUCGUCGAGCUCAACUGCGGCUGCCCCCAGAAGGUCGCGAAGCGGGGCCAUUUCGGCGCGUUCCUGCUCGACGAGCCCGAGGUCAUUGUGGCCGUCGUGCGCGCGCUCAAGCGGGGGCUCGCGUGCGCCGUCAGCGCGGCCACCGUCGCGUUGGCGCGGCGCCUCGAGGCCGCGGGCGCGGACCUGCUGACGGUCCACGGCCGCACGCGGGCCAUGAAGAAGUGCGGCUUCCCCUGCGACUUCGCGGCGAUCGCCGCCGUGAAGCGCGCGGUCCGCGUGCCCGUCGUCGCGAACGGCGGCGUCGAGCGCCACGCGGACUUUGCGCGCGCGCGCGAGCUCACGGGCUGCGACUGCGUCAUGUCCGGCGAGCUCGCGCUCGCGCACCCCCGGGCCUUC